AGUGCGAACUCGACCGUUGUGGAGGAAGGUGCCGUUUCUUGCUCCUCAAACGAAACAUACAUCGCGAGUUUUAUAAAUUUGAGUUAUUGUAACACGUCAAUUUAAAUUCCACUUGUAUUUGAAUGUAAACGGUGUUGUGUUGUGUGCGAACAGAGAAGAUUAUUCAACUUUUUGGCGUUGUUUGAUGCCGUGUGUCGCGGCAUCAUGGCGGGCCGACAGCUUCGCCUGCUGCUGUGGAAGGACUACCUCAUACGGAGGAGAAAACCGAUAACUCUGGCGGGCGUGCUAUGGGCGGCGAUGGUCAUACUGAGUCUGUACAUCGUGCGGACCAACGUCGAUAACACAGAUUAUCCCACAUGUCAAUUUGCAGCUCGCGCUCUGCCCAGCGCUGGGGUGAUGAACUUUCUUCAAUCAUUCGUGUGCAAUGUGAAUAAUGAGUGCUCGGCCUUGGACGAGUUUGAAGAGAUACCUUCGUAUGAAAAGUCCAAGUUCACACAACUGCAGCGCCAAAUAUCAACGAUCAUCACCAACGAGACGGUGAUCGACACGGCAGCCAACGUGCCCAACGCCCUCAAACUGUUGGCCACACUGUCGGACAUCGCUGAUCAUCCUCUACUCUUGAACAUCACUAAAAAUGGCUUGCAUGUUGGCGACAUUUUUAGAAAUACACAAAGGGCGAAACGGUAUUUAUCAAAAGAACUUGAUCUGCAUGAUGAUGUGGCCAAUAGUGUUAUCACAGCUGAAGUUGGAUUUGAAGCCAUGUUGGAGGGAAAUUUAGACAGAUGUAAUGUAAAUUCUAUCAGUAAAACUAUUAAAGUUGAAAAUGUCGAACACCUAAAGGCUUUUGUUGAUAAAUUGUGUGCACUACCGAAGAAAACAGUACUAACUCUAGUGAUGGGUCUCAUAUAUGAAGUGGAUAUAGGAAAAUUUAUUACAAUGAUAGGCGAAAUGUAUUACAAACUAUCUGGUGACUUGGCACUGACCAGACUUGGUGACAUGGUCGUAGCAGUAUUAAGGAUGAUGUCAACUGACAGUUUUCUGCCGCCGGAGUUGACGUCCAUGAUCCUGAAUAGAGAAGUGGACUUUAGUUACGUGAACAUGACCACUAUAAAAGAAGUUGUUAAUCUUUUUCAACCAACAUUCGGAGACACAGAAUCAUUUAAAACUUUAAAUGAGGUUGUUGAUACAGCAGUUAUAGGUGUAGAGUAUUUACACAAAUUUCUAACAAAACAAGACGUUAAUAAUGUAGAAGCUGUCACUGAUUUAACAAUAUCGGUUGUCAGUGAUAAGUUUGGAAUAAGCAAUGGAUUUCAUAAAGUGUCACAACUCUUUAACAAGGUUACAGAUUCACUUUCAGAAAUUGGUUCUAAUAUUACAACAAUCAGUAUUUUUAAAGGUUUGUCUGGUGUUACAAAUUUCAUUAUGAAGUUUUUGUCAAAGGAUCAAAAACAUGAUGCGCUAUUUUAUUCUACUCUACUGGCAAAGCUUAUCGAAGGCGCUCGUAAAGUCAUCAACAUCAACAUGCAUAUAGAACAUUUGGCCUACAAAGUCUCCCUGCGUCACCCCCGCGCUAUUGAAAUACUGCUGAAUCUUCAACCUAAUGUAAUUACUAAAGGAUUAGAAGGUUUAGCAGAUGCAGAACGAAUACAGAUAAUUACUUCAAAACUAAGCGAUACGAACAAAAUGUUCUGUGACACGAGCCGUAUAAAGAAGUUUUUUCUGAUAACCGAAAAAGAAGCAUCUAAUUUAAAAUCACAACUUUGUACUGAAGCCUGGAACAGUUACAUCUAUGAUUUAGUAUCUAGUUUCGGUGUCUACGACGUGAAGGAUAAUAUAAAUAGCAUGGCAUCACUGUUCGUAUUGGAAACUUUAGGAAAAGACAUUAGUAGCCAACUAUAUAGUGUCGAUAAAGAUUUCGAAAUUCUUAGAAACUUUACAGAAGACAUAGAAAUGUUGGUAUUGCAAGAACAACAAGCAAUGGAUUGGACUAAAGCGUUUAAUAUUUCUGAAGAUUCAGAAAUUUUGAAGGCUUUUAAAACGAAUGCAUACUUGGGUAAACAUAUACUAAUAACAGUACAUGGGGCUUUAGCCAAAGAGGUAGUCAGCCAAAAUGCUCUACUAGAGUUUAAAAUAUCCCCAUUUUUAAAGGACAUGUUGACAAUAUUGAACGCAAUCAAUGAUCAACUGGACGUAGCUCCUCGAGAUUUGCAAAAUAAGGCUAAAGAAUUAUAUCCAAAUAUUAUCAAAAUGAUUUUAAAUACAGCAUUAGAUGAAGAAAAGAUGUACAAAGCACUAUCAACUCCGUGUCAAGAUAUAUUUUGUUAUGGACCAGAUGUAGCAUCUAUUUACUUAAAUUUUCCUAAAGACAAUAAUGAUAAAAAUGUAUUUGCAACCUUGUGUAAUAUAACUAAUGCUAUCGAAGAAGGGCUGAAAAAAGAAUCAAUCAUUGGAAAAGCUAUAACAAAUGUAAAGGACUCAAAACACAGUAUCUUAGAAGAAAUUAACUGGACUGGUUUGAUAUCUGGCCUAAACAAGCUUUACGAAAAACUUUAUAAUGACUACACAUAUCUGUUUGAGUAUAAAACCUUUAAUAUGAAUGACAAGGAACAAAAAGAGGUAGCUGAGAUGAUGAAGGAAUUUAAAUAUUUCUGGCUGGACUUCAAGAAUUUGAACCGAAUGUUACACAUAAGCAUCAAAUUCGGGCUACGUUUUUUGGAUAUAUUGGACCGCGGCGUCUUCAGUAUAGAUAGCGAGGGAUGGUUUAAAUUUAAAUACAGCCUUUACUUGUCUAACGGACCAUUGACCAUACUGGAUGAUAUAAUUCAGUUAAUUGGGGGUAUUACAAGAAAUGAAACAAUUUUAUCAUCAGUGCCGCCUUCUACAGCGACUAUUUUAAGGAAUAUGCUUCCCAAUGUGCCGUAUUUAGUAAAAGACUUUGUCGAUGUGAUAGUUGCUGAUAAUAUAACUGAUCUUGUCCCGAUAAUUUCGAUGAUGAACGCCGUUCCAUCGUGGCCCUGCUCUGGUAGUCUCAUACAAUUUUUGAACCUUAGUAACGAGUCGCAGAUGGGACUGAAGUCAUUGGAGACCAUCAUGUGUCUUGACUCAGAUCUACUUAAUGAAUGGACUGAUUAUCUAGCUAUGAGAAAUGCUACAGCUUACAAAACUCAAUCAUGGAAUACCACAGAAUUUCCGGAUAACAUAUUCCUUAAGUUCUCAGCUACUUUUGAUUCUCUAAUAAGAGACUUGGAUACUAUCAAAGAUAUUUUCAAAAGUACUUUCGAGGAAAAAACUGAUAAAUAUGUAACACUUUUGUCAGCUCUGCAAUAUUCAGCUGAGGCAUUCGAUGGCGCUACAGAGGAAAUAGUUAUGAGGAAAUUUUUAUCAAAAGUGGAUACAGUACUGAACGCUUUAAACACUUCGUUUACCCAAGAGAAUGUUUCUUUAAGCGUUCUGUGGAAAGAAUACCUCAACUGCUCCGCUGACAACUACGACGACAAUUGUAGGAGCCUCAGUAGGGCUACAUGGAAACAUACGCUAAAGUUUAUCCCUACCACCUUUGGCAAUAUUACCCAAGAUCUGUAUACUUAUUUCAAAGAGAAUAAUGAACCUAAUUCCACAAUCUUGCAAGCCCUGGGAUUUACAAAAGACACUGGAUUGUAUGUGUUGUAUGAUAAACUGGCAGAUUUCAUGGCUGUUCUUCUAAACUCUUACUGGGAUUUAGGAUUUAUGAAACAGGUCCGUCGAGCAUCGCAAACCCAUUUCUGGGAUUGUAACGAAGUAUUCCAGGCACUAAAACCCGGCCCCAACAGUCCGAUCGACGCCAGCGUUCUCGCUCAUGUCGAGACUUUCGUCUGCCCCUCGCUGCUGCACUGGAUUUCUAUGCCGAGAGGGGACAAUAAACUUAUAGACAUUUUUACCAAGCCUCAAUAUUUCUUUUUUACCAUGGAAGUAUCGAAUUUAACAAGUACGUAUGAAAAGUUUUACAGUACAGGAAAUGAUCUUGCAACUCUAUUGAAAAAAUCUAAUAAAACUAUAGAAACCGACACUAAACUAGAAACAACAAAAGAGAAGCUGAAGCGUGCAGUAGAUCUUGUAUUAUCAUAUGAAAUCAAAGGUACAGAACCUUCGUAUCAAAUAUUUAGUGAAACGAAUAAGAAACAUUUCGUAGUUUCUACCUAUUUAACUAGAGUUGUAACUAUUAUCAAUAAACUUGUUACAAAAAUUGAAAAAUUGCAAAUCACUGAUUUUGUAAAUGCUCCUGAAGAAGAAAUGAAGAGUUUAGAAACAGAACUAGACGCAAUAAAGAAAAUAUUUAACAGAAGACCGUCAGAAGCUAUUGCUUUACAUUUUGAUCUUAUAACUGAUGUUUUAUGGACUAAUAAAGAUACUUAUAAGAUGAGCAACGCUUUGAACGAUUUAUGUAAUCGGUUAAAUGAUAAAGACAUUUCGAAGAAUGUUCUUGUAGAACUAGAUAGGGUGAAAGCUCAGAUAUGUGCUAAGAAGUACAAAGUUAUAUAUAGUGCAAUAGAAAACGUUAUGGGUGAUGAUUAUGAAAAUGCGAGGAAAAGCUUAAUAAACGUUGUAAAAACACUAGGAGAUAAAUCGGAGAAUGCUACUGAUAUAUUUGAAUUUAUCAACAAAAGACAACAACUAGUAAACGUCCUGAAAACGUCUAUCAAAUACGCCUACGAUCUGGGAAUACCAAUUUACUUGAAAUUCUUGCAAAGCAAUUUAAAACAAUACAGCAUAGUGAUAAGCUUCCUUUCGAAUGGUGAUUGGUGGAAGGAACUAAGGGAACUUUACGAUGGCCCAAAUGCCAAUAACUUCUUUACCACCGCAGAAAAAGGAUUCGAAAUCGCAGAAGAUGUUUUGACCAAUUUAGAUAGAAUACACCUAGUGAGGCUGCUCCGAGAUACAAACACCAACAGCACGGAGACGUUCUGUCUGCCGAACAUAACCAUAUCCGAUUACGUGCCCGACGGCACCGGCAUGCUGACAACUAUGCAACGACAGAUCUGCGACACUAACUCUACUGUACUGUACAGAGAACUACCGCCAAUGCUCUUCGCUUCUCAGGGUUAUGACAACGAAUUAAAACUAACGAAAGAUGUCGACUAUGAAUCUUUAUACAAAGAUCUUGCCAAUAUAGAAUCUAAACUUGAAUCUAUUAAAAAUGGCCCCAAGGCACCAAAAAGACCAACAUGGGUAACAAAAGAAAAGUUGGAACGCUUUCGAGAAGUAGCCAUGGAUCUGUUGUCAACAGAUUCUUUGAUAAAAAUAUCAUUUGGUCUUCUUAGCAACGUCGUGGAUGCUGCUACUUUAUAUCUUAAUAACAGCCAAUGCAUCCUCUGCUCCCAAUUCACGAGUUGGUUCAAGCAAAUCAAUCUACAGUUGUACAAGAAGCAAGAGUACGAUAAUCUUCUUUGCAACAUUGAUCAUAUGUCUUUAGGAGAAACGUAUAGUACUCUUAAAAACGAUUUCCACUGGGAUAUGGCUAUUAGUGAGCUAAUAUCAACUCGGAACUACACAAAGUAUGAAUUGAACAAGUCGCUCAACGAUCUAUUGGAACAAAUCAAGCUUCACCUUUUAGAGGAUGUGAACGCCAGGUCUACCAAGCUAUCAGAAUGCCUCACAAAAAACGUUACACUAAAUUCUUUUGGAAAUGCUACACUAUUUGCAAAAGUCCUCGCAAGAACAGUGAAGCUUCUCAGAGCAGAACUACCUCACCUGAAAGAAGUCAGUGGAAUAGCUGAGAUGCCAUAUUUCAAACAACUGAAAGCUGAUAUCACGCACAAUUUACAUGUGAAAGAUAAUCUGAAUACUUACCUUACUAAUGCCAAAGAGUUCACGAAAAAACUUGGAAAAGUAGUCGAUGAUGAUAGAUUAAUAGAAAACAUUGAAAAGGCAGAAAUUGAUUUAUUUUUGAUUAAAGAACUUCAACCUACUAGCAAGUAUUUGGGUAUACGUGAUUAUAAAUGGGAAGAUAUUUGCCAAAGCUACAACUGCACUGACAUUAUUUUAAUUAUCAGCAGCAAUGUUAAUCAAACUACAGCUACUGCCAAUCUUCCAGUGCUACAGGACAAGGAGUUUUGGAAUUUCACCUUCAUGUCAGAAAUCUUAAACACAAUAGAGGUUAUAGUGGAACACGUAUCGCGAUUGCUCGGAGUGGCCAGUCGACUCGACGUGAAUGGUGUGAUGGAGGGUAAAUUGACGGCAAUGAUUGACGCGGGAAUGCAGUUACUGAUGGAUGACACAGUGGAUAGCAUACUGUUUAGCGUUUUUGGUCUUAUAGAAGAUAUGCAACCUCUGCUGCACGGUACUCCUCUAGCGUUUGAUCUCGACGCUGUGGCCAAUGGACUGUCAAUAUUGCGCCGGUUUAAAGAUUACUUGAUUGAGGAAGACAUACGGGUAAACGUUUCUGAGGUAUUCUCAAACCCACUAAGAAUAGAAUCAGCACUCAGCAGUAUUGGGGUCAAGAACACUAACUUUUGGUCUAUCGCAGCACCCAGAAUUCAGGCUGGAUACAUACAAAUAAAACCGUUACUCUCCCAAAAGCAAGGCACCUACCAGAUAAGCAGCUUCGUAUGCCAGGUAGAGAACAUGUCCAAAGUCCUCAUACCAGCCAGCGUGGAUGUGGUGACGUUGGAUGACAUCUAUGGCGCCGUGAUGGAGCAGUUCUGUGGCAUGGGCGAUGAGUUAGCCAAAGAAGUCAUAUCUGUGCUCGUGGAAAAUAUCAACUUCGACUACGUAUUGGCUAAACUCAAAUCGACUCUCCUGUCGAAACUAUACGCGGCUUCAAAUCUCACGCAAGAUGCAGGAGACACUGUACUGUCGGAGUUUGGGCGCAUGUCUUCCGUGCUGCCUACUCUACAGGAGGAGAUGAGCAGCGUGUCGGCGAGCUUGGCCGAAGAGCCGCUACUGCUGACUAUGAGGAAGAGUGCCUCUUUCGGAGAUUUGUUGACCUCAUCAAGCUUCCUGGCGGACGCAGGCAACAUGGUGUGCGGCAAGCCGUUCUACGCCAACCUCAACCGCCUGUACAAGAGCGUCAUCCAGCAGCAGGACUUGUCCGCGGGGCCCGACCGAGCGCAGCUAGACUCAUUACCAACGGAUUUCUGCCGUUCGAUGUACCAGGACAUCGUCAGCAUGGAAGGGGGCAAGAUCGUGUGGAGCUUCAUCAAGCCGCUCCUCGUAGGGAAAGUUCUCUACACGCCUCCUAAUGUGGCGGUACAGAGUAUCAUUGAAAAGGCAAAUUCUACAUUCGCGCCCAUGGUGAAGCUCACAGAGCUAAUUCACUCAUUCGCUGACUCAUUCUCAUCGGUGGACAAACUCAGCGAGCAUCGGCAGGGUCUGUCCGCACUGCAGAAUCUGAUCGCCUCACCACAGUAUAGCGCUAUAAGAAAAUCAUUAUUGGGUGACGUUGAAGUACCGAGUGUUGAUAUUAACGGUAUAUUUGAAGAAUUUGGUGACACUGAGGAAAUUGGGAGACUGUUGAAGAAGGCUUCUGACCUGCUGUACUGCUUCAACCUGAACCGCUUCAAGCCGAUGCGAAACGAGCACGAGCUGGCGUUGGAAGCGGCUCGCUUGACAAUGAUCAAUGAGUUCUCCGCAGGUCUGGUUUUCCUGAAUAUGAGCGAAUCACAGACUGAAGUUCCAGAGAAAAUUGAAUACAAGAUAAGAAUGGAUAUAGAAAACGCUCCCACUACGAAAAGACUUCGUAAUUAUUUAUGGACCCCCGGCCCAGAAUCCAGUUUCAUAGAGGACAUGAGAUACUUCCGUGGAUUUGUAGAAAUCCAGGACAUAAUCGACAAGGCGAUCAUAGAGCUUUCCAUGGACAACCCCAAGAAGAUACAGAAGAGAGAUGUGGCCGAGAUGAAGACAACUGAUUGGGAUAUCUACACUCAACAAAUACCUUACCCUUGUUAUAGGAAAGAUUUCUUCCAGACAUCGCUGUAUGAGUCUCAAUCUCUCAUAGUGGCGUUCUUUUUCUCCCUGCUGUUCACCGUGUCGUCAGCUGUCCGGUUCAUAGUGUCCGACAAAGAGACUGGCAACACUAUGCUGAUGUCAGUGAUGGGUGUAAACCUGCGUCACCACACGCUGUCCUGGUUCAUGUGCUCGUUCGCGGAGAUGGUGCUGACGGUGGGCGGCAUGACGGCGGUGCUGAGCGGCGGCGGCAUCCUGCCGAAGACUGACCCCUCGCUGAUAUUCGCCUUGCUGUUUGUUUAUGGCUUCUCUGUGCUUUGUUUUUGUUACAUGAUGUCCAAGCUGUUCAGCUCGGCCAGCUCCGCGGCGGUGUGCACCGGCCUGGCCUACCUCAUCUCCUUCAUGCCCUUCGUGCUCAUACUGUCGCUGGAGGCCGUGCUCGAGAGCUCCUUGAAGUUGUUUGUUAGUCUCUCAAUGUCCUCGUCAGUGUGCUACGCGUUCCUCUUCAUCACACGCUUCGAAGCCAUGGGGCUCGGCGCUGGCUGGGCGCAGCUAUGGGACGCGCCCGACAACACGAGCGACAUGAACAUAGCCAUCGCAGCCGCCAUGGUCAUUGUGGACAGUAUCCUCUACCUGAUAAUUGGACUUAUUGUCGACAGAUUCUACGGAAUCAAAGCUGAGAGCAACAUUACCAACUGCAAAGCAAACGGCGAGAAGGCCGGAGUCAGCGUCGUGAACGUCACCAAGAUAUACUGCGAAGGUUCCAGAAGAGCUAAACUAGCGUUAGACAACGUUUCCAUGGAACUACAAAAAGGGCAAAUAACUACACUUCUAGGACAUAAUGGAGCUGGGAAAACUACACUAAUAAACAUCUUAACCGGCAUGCUGAAGCCGACGAAGGGCCACGUGAUAGUGAGGUCAGACGACCCGUUGGGUGCUCGACUGGGCGUGUGUCCGCAGAAGAACGUGCUGUUCGAGUACAUGACGGCCAGGGAGCAUGUCGCCCUGUACGCGCAACUCAAGAGCGGGCAGCCGGUGGAAGAAGUCCAGGAGGAGGUUAAAAGCAUGCUCCGCGUGUUGUGUCUGGGAGACGUGUGCGACGUGCCGGUGACGCAGCUGUCGGGCGGCAUGCGGCGCCGCCUGUGCGUCGCGCUGGCGUUCGUCGCGCGCCCCUCGCUCGUGUCGCUGGACGAGCCCACCGCUGGGGUGGACCCUGCUGCUAGGAGAGACAUCUGGUCCAUGAUAAUGCGCCUGCGAGAGAACAGAACAAUUUUGCUCACGACUCACCAUCUGGACGAAGCGGAACUGUUGAGCGAUCAGAUUAUCAUCAUGCACAAAGGACAAGUACACACAACAGGUUCACCGAUAGACAUCAAACGGACGUUGGGAACUGGUUACAAACUGACCGUCAUGUAUCCCGACAAGAAGAUACAUCUUCUAGAAGACAAUGCGGAGAACGAUGAAGUGAUGAUAGAAGAGAGGACGAAAACCCUUCUAGCAGUAACCAGGAGUGUGGUGAAGAAUGCUAAUCUGGUUGACAUUAACGGACUAGAGGUAGAAAUUAAUCUACCUUUCUACGAUACCGACGGAGUUAGUAAUAAUUUCUUGGAGUUAUGCAACGCGUUGGAGUCGCAGGAGAGCCAGCUGAGGUACCGCAGCUACAGCUUGGACUGUAGCAGCCUGGAGCAGGUGUUCUUCAACAUCUGCCAACAGGCUGAUGUCUCUCACAAUGGGCUAGAAUACGAAAUAUCGUCAGUCCCAGACUCUUCCUCCAAGAGCGCCUCCACGUCCAGCGUCAAGAACGAGCUCGCCCCUCUGGUGCCCCCCGACGGGCCGGUGAGGGGCACCACUUGGCAGCAGUUCACGGCUUUGAUGUAUGGACGGUACCUACAUUACUUAAGGAACAGAUGGCUUCUCUUUCUCCUGGUAGUGUUGCCGUCCCUGUUCAUAGCGGUGGCCAUGGGCUUCGCCACCAUCCGCCCGCCCGCCGACGCCGAGGUGUCCUUGAAGCUGUACGCCGACAUGUACGAAGGCUCCACGCAGUUCAUGAUAACGGAACCUUCAAUCAAUUCCAGUACCAUCGAUCCUACAUUUGCCCAGCAUGUAAUGAACAAUUUACGGCUCCAAAAGUCAAGAAAUUGGACUCAUGAAGAUUCACCAAAUUGUAAGUGCGUGGACUCCAGCCAACGCUGCGAUACCAAAGACCGGCCGUGGGACCGACCCGACAUGAUGAUGCUGCCACACGUGGACACUCUCAACCACUGGCUCGUCGCCUCCCAGGAGAUGUACAUAGAGAAACGAUAUGCCGGCUUCACGUCAGUCAUCAAGAACAACCGCACGCACCUGGUGGCGUGGUACAACAACAAGGGCCACCACGCACUGCCGGCCGCCAUCAACACUCUCAACAGCGCUAUCUUGAGGACUGUGAGCAGCGAACACGCCGGCAUCACUGUGUACACACAUCCCUUGAAGAUAUCCAAGGAACAACUUAACAAAGAUACUGUCUACCAGCACAUAGCAGACGCCGGCAUAUCGGGCAUGCUGCUGAUCGCCUACAGCCUGGUGAGCGCGGGCGCGGCGGUGUAUCUGGUGACGGCGCGGCUCAGCCAGGAGAAGCAUCUGCAGAUGCUGAGCGGCGUCUCGCCCGCCCUCUACUGGGGGUCGGCGCUGCUGUGGGAUAUGGCUAUCAUAGUUGUGAACAUGCUAAUCACGGCGAUCGUGUUGGAAGCGUUCCAUUUCUCCGUUUUCGUAGCGAGGAACAACCUGCCAGCUAUUUGUAUACUGAUACUGUUCUACGGGUACGCAUGCGCCGGUGUGGUGCACGUGAUGGAGAAGCUGUUCUCGGAAGCGAGCCUGGCCACCAUGCUGCUGUUCUGCGGGAACGCGUUCGUGGGGCUCAUCGGUAUCACGCUGCUGCUCAUCCUCGACAUCAUCUCACAGUCCGAAGCCACAGACAACGCGCGGUGGGUGCUUCAUAAAAUACUUCUUCUGAGUCCUCAGUUCGCGCUCGGAGACGGCCUACUCGAAAUCGCUAAGAACACGAUACAGGCCGAGGUGCUGAAUCAGUUCGGCAUGGACACGUACCGCGACCCGCUGGCCACCAACGUGGUGGGCUUGCACUACCUGGCGCUGCUGCUGGUGGGCACGGCGCUGCUCCUCUUCAACCUCGCCAUAGAGUACGACUGCUUCAACUGGCUCCUGGAGAGGCUGCGUCCGAAGACAAAGUCGUUCACACAAACGGUAGCCAUGGAGGGACAAGAGGCGGAGGACAUACUGGCGGAAGAAACGCGCGUGCGCGGUGCGUUGCAACCGCUGCGUCUGCGCACCAUCGGGAAUAUUAACGCUGGUUUCGUGGACACGGAGGACGUGAUAAAGAACGGCUCGAUCAAGCGCGCGGCGAGCCCGCAGGAGGACGUCGCGGCGUGCGUGCGAGUGCGCAAGACGUACGGCGAGCGAGCGGCCGUGCGCGCGCUCACGCUCGGGAUACCCGCCGGACAGUGCACGGCGCUGCUGGGAGAGAACGGCGCGGGCAAGUCGACGACGUUCGCCAUGCUGACGGGGCAGCUGCGGCCCUCCGGCGGGCAGGUGUUCCUGCACACGCGCCAGGGCUCGCCCAGGGACCUCUGCCAGGGACUCAUCAGCUUCUGCCCUCAAAGUGACGCGAUAGAUCCACACCUCACAGUGAAGGAAACUUUAAAAUUCUACUGCAGAUUGAGGGGGAUCACCAAUCAGAAAGAAGUGAUCCGUCACACGGUGGAGCUGUUCGAGCUGAGCAAGUACCGCUCGGUGCGCAGCGGCGCGCUGAGCGGCGGCAACAAGCGCAAGCUGUGCACCGCGCUCGCCUUCAUGGGCCGCGCGCCGCUCGUGCUGCUCGACGAGCCCACGAGCGGCAUGGACCCCAGCUCGCGCGCGUGCGUGUCGCGCGGCGUGCGCGGCGCGUGCGCGACGCGGCGCGGCGUGCUACUGUCCACGCACGCGCUGGACGACGCGCGCCGCCUCGCCGCGCGCGUGGCGCUGCUGCAGGCGGGACGACUGCGCGCGCUGGCGCCGCUGGACGACUGUCUGAGACGUUUCGGCGGCGGCUACGUGGUGGCGACGCGCGUGCGGCGCGGCGCGGCGCGCGGCGUGUGGCGACGUGUGGCGACGCUGGCGCCGCACGCGCAGCUGCGGGUGCUGCACCACGCCGCGCUGCACUUCCUGCUGCCCACGCACUCCAUUGUAAACGGCAAAGAGACGGUGACUAAACUCAGCGACAUCUUCCGACUGAUGGCGGAACUGCAAAUGAGCUGCGAUAUCGAGGACUACACGGUUAACCAGAGCUCGCUCGAUCAGAUGUUCCUAAACUUUACGGAGAGGACCAGCAUCCUGGAUCCCGUAGACGACCUUCAAGUGACCCCCCGCCUCACGAGAAGAUGCAGCAAUGAGCUGGACAGCAUCACGUCAUUGUGACCUCAGCGCUGUUAGCUUAGACUGUACCAGCAAAUAUAGCCAAAGGAAUUCGAAACAAAAUGAAAUAUGAUUAUGGUACUACCCGUGCGGAUUAAGAAUGGAAAUGGCGUCUCAUAAAUAGAUUUAUCAUUGACAGUUGGUACCGAUGAGUGAAUAUAGAUGCAAAUAAGCGAGAAGUGUAAUAAAAGAGAAGUGAAUAAUUCUAAUGCCAUUAUUAGUCUUCAAAAUUUCAAUCGAUUUUUAAGCAGACAACUUGAUACUACUUGCUAUUGCUACUUAUCUACACAAAAUUUAUACAGUAACGUAAGAAGAUACACUUGCAAGACAUAUUUUGGAGGAUUUUUUGUUUAAUAAAAAAUAGGCUUGUGCUAGACUAAAAUCGUGACUGAAGGAGUUAUGCUUUCCAGCACGCAUAUUGUUGAAAUUAGACAAGUAAUCCUCUGAGCUUCCUAAACUGCCUAAUCAUUCUUGCCUAUAUGAUGUUUAAUUUAAAGAAACAGUCCCAAAAAGUAAUUACUUUAUAACUUUAGUUACCAAGAUUUAGAUUUUACCCAAUGACAACGCAACGUUUAUGCUUGAAUUAUCUUCAUUUGUUUGUGGUUUUUGCGUUUAUGUCAACCAAAGUCCCAAUCCAUCGAACUUAAUUUGUCCAAUCUUUAAUUGCAUCAAAUUAAUUUUAAUUUAUCAAAUCUUGAUGAGAUCGAUAUUUUUUUGAACCAAGUCUAAGUCGGAGACAUAUAUGACAAAUACUAUAGUUUUGUACUUAAUAUUAAGCUCAAAUUGUUAUAUUUCUUAUACCUUUGUAUUUUUAUAAUUUAUACAAAUAUAUACAUACAAACUCUGUGAUAUAAAUGUAUUUAAUGUGUGUUUUAUUAAAUAAAUAUAUUAUGUUAGUGAUAAAUUAAACGACAAAAUAAUGGUUUAUGGUAAAA